UGUGCCCCACCCCAAAUUUGAAGCACACAGUUAAAGAAGAUGGAGCUCCUUAAGCUGGUUCUGGUUGUUGCUGCAGUUGCUAUCAGCACUUUUCCCAGGUUCUCUCACUCAAUGAUUGUAUUUUAUCCUGCUGGGGUUUCAAAUGAUAGCAUUAUUAUAGGAGUUGGGCUGGCCAAAGAUGGUGAUUAUGGUAAAGUAUGUGAUGAAGGAGAUACUGAUAUUGUUAAUUUCCUCUGCUAUAAUCUUGGUAGUGUUGAUAGUGAUAGUUACAUUAAUUCAUCAAUGUUAAAUGGUUCAUUAAAUUUUGUCAAUUUCAGCUGUCCAUCUGGCUUUUCCUCAUGUGGAGAUAAUGCUUCAAUUGUUUCUAACUGCUCCUCACCACUGAUAUUGGAUUGUGAUUUUUCAGGUUGUUUUCAAGGACAAGUUCAACUGGCUAACAGUGUCAAUGUAUCCACUGAUUCUGGAGUAGCUUUGGUUGGUUAUCCUGAAGUUUGUGUCAAUGGUAACUUUACUCCAAUUUGUAAUGGAACUGAACUUGGGGCCAUUGAACUGAUACUUAUAUGUGCUUAUCAAUCUAUUAAUGCCAGCACUGGUUUGAUAGGCAAUCCACACAAUGCUGGAUUAAGUCCUCUUAUGCCAUCUGCUCCAUCAUCAGUGACUGGCUAUGAUUGUGAUACAAUGGCUAAUUGUGCAGUGACUACAGGAAUGAACUGUACCAGUGGUUAUGCCAUUGUUACUUGUGAGGAAGGAAUUCCUAGCAGUUCAGCCUGUGAUCCAAAUGCUUAUGUCAAUGGGAGUAUCCUAUUUAAUAAUGAAACUAAUGUAUCUGCUGAUGGUUCUGUAGUAACUACUGGUAUCUAUCAGUCAUGUACUGAUGGUUCUUAUGUCAGAUAUUGUACUCAUCCAUCACAAUGGAGCUAUCCUAGUUUGGUGGAUAUAGCAAAUGGCAUUUGUAUAUCAUUAGGAUACUCAUUUGGAGUAAUAGUUCCUUUCGAAAAUAGAUUUUAUCAAGAUUCACCUCCUGGUAUAUCAGCAAUAGAUAUAAACUGCACUAGUGUAGAAGGAUCUGAAUGUAAUUAUACAUUGUGUGAUGAUAUUAAUAGACAAAUGGUGCUACGCUGUACAAGAUCUCCAGGUUGUCCAGUGACUGGUGGUUAUUUGCGCAAUAAUAUCACUAGAGUAAGUAAUGGAAGGGAAUACACUAGUGGUGUAUUUGUCAACUGUGAGUCUGGAGUUUAUCUAGCUAUCUGUCGAACUAAUGGGACUGAUUUAAGUAAUCUUUGCAGUUCUGGUAUUCUCGGUUAUGAAGGCAAGUUCUAUCAUAUUUCAAUCUCUUUUAAUCCCUUGUUUAGGUGGAGCAGUG